GAUCACGCGAUCCCCGGUCACAAAAAUCCCAAAUGAACCCGCCCCCUCUUCCUUUCCGGCCUUCUUCUCUUCUCCCUCGUCGCCUCCUUCCCAAACCCUAGCUAGCCCCCGCGGUGCGCUCUAGCCACCACCCCCAGCAAAUCCUAGAUCGACUCCCCCCGCCAUGGCCUCUGCCGCGGCGGCGCCCCCCGUCGCGGGCAAGGUCGUGGAGCGGUUCCGCGCGCGGCUGCGGGAGGAGGCGGGGGAGGAGGCCGGGGCGGCCGCGGCCGCGGUGGUGGGCGUCUACGGGGAGGCCCUCGCCGAGCUCACCUUCAACUGCAAGCCCAUCAUCACCGACCUAACCAUCAUCGCGGACCAGCACGCCGCGCUCGCCGCCAGGGGCAUCGCCGACGCCAUCUGCGCCCGCAUCGUCGAGGUGCCAGUUGAGCAGAAAUUGCCAUCUUUGUAUCUGCUAGAUAGUAUUGUGAAAAACAUAGGACGAGAAUAUAUAGGGCAUUUCGCCGCUAGGUUGCAGAAGGUAUUUUGUUAUGCAUACAGGAACGUUCAUCCUAAUCAGCAUGCUGCAAUGCGGCACCUGUUCCGUACCUGGUCUCAAGUGUUCCCUUCUUCCGUGCUUCGAGGGAUUGAGGAUGAGCUUCAGUUUUCUCCCUCGGAGAAUAAGUUUCCUGCCAGAGCUACUAAUUUGCGGCAGUCAGAGUCAUUAUCUCCUAGGCCAUCUCAUGGCAUCCAUGUAAAUCCAAAGUAUCUAGAAGCACAACAGCAAUUCAAGCAUGCCAGCAAGGCGGAUCAGCUAGCACCUAGAGCUAGGCAGAUGACUGAUGUGGGGGAGGAUCAUGUAAAUGGAUUAACGUCAAGAAGCUUGCUUGGAUUUCCUGCAACCUCUUCAAAGCUCCAGAGAUCUACGAUACUGUAUGCUGAUGAUCCUGAUCAACAAGAGACAUUUCGAUCACGUACUGGAAUGACAACAAGAGACAUGUCCAGAUCACCACCUCUUGAUAUACUCCCUAGGAACGCAUCCCCCAAGAGAAAACUGGAGAGGCUACCGCUGUCUCAUUCUGUAUCGGGACAUGACCCCAGAAGACUGCCUAAUCGAAAUGGUUGGUUUGAACGACAAUGGGCUUUUGAGGAUGGUGCACAACGGCCUUCGAUGAGCACGCUUGAUGAAGAACAUAGGAAACAAAGUGCAAGAGAACUUAUUGAUGCUUAUGGAAAUUCUCAAGGCAACGAUGCUGAUGAAAGGCUUCCCAAGAUGCAACGUCUUGAAUCAAAUGGUAUGGCAAGCAGAUCUAGUGCACAACAAUGGCUCAAUUCAGAGGAAGAGGAGUAUUCGUGGGAGGAUAUGAAUCCAGCUUUCCGAAACAGAAGCAGCAUGCCUUCUUUACCUCCCUCUGAGACCUUGAGAACUGGAUUUCCUGGGCUAAACACUGGACUACUGGAUUCUGAUAUUGGGAUGCGCAGUUGGGAAAGCCAAGCUACACGACCAUCAGCUGAUCGACCAUCAUUACAUCUCGAAGAUAGGAUUACUGCUACCGGUCAUGUUGACAUGGCCACUAGUAGGAGAUAUCCAAGCAAUUUGGGUCCGCAGAACGGAACAAUUUCAGAGUACCAUACUUCCGAGAACACCCUUGAUCCUGGGAGACUUCUUGCAAUGUCAGCUCCAUCUUGGCAGCAUACUAAUGGUCUGCCAUUGAGAGUACAAGCACCUCAACCUUCAUCAACACUGGAUAGGUUAUCACUGCCCGCUGAUGGUGAAAUGCCUGUCAAGAGGUUGCCCGCUGGUGGUACAUAUGCUUUGAUUGAGAAGCACAGGCCCUCACCUGCUCCUGCUCCCAUAGAAUGGCCUCCUCUUGUUCAUGGUCAGCCGCCAUCAUUUACAAAUCAUGCUAGACGUGCAAAAGAUAGUCUUGAAAUUAGACCAUUUAUUAACCAAGGAGUCAAUUCAUCUGUAUUUGUUCCACGUCAUCAAUAUGAUGCCUCGGAUCAGAAUACAGUGAGUACUGGUAACUUAGCUCAACCACCAUAUCAGCAACCAGAUUUGUUGUCAUCGAGUCAACAAAAUCAAGGCACAAUGGGAAAUCAAUCUCAGACUCAUCAUGCGAGACAGUUUCAUCCUCAUUCCCUUUCUCACCCUCAGGAGGCAUUUAGAAGCUUUGCGCCCAACAUGCCUGUAGGUAUGUCCCAAAAUCCAUUCCAAGGACAAGGUGGUAGUGCAGCAACACCACCAGUUCCAACUCUACCAAACUCCUUUUCUCUGCCACCUGCCGUGCCACCCUAUGGCGUGCCAUCAGUGCCCAAUUUUGCUCCGCCACCAUUACAUUGCGGUCUACCUCCUGCUUCAUUGCAGAUGGGUCCAUCUUCAUCACAAGUGGGUGGCCCUACAACAUAUUUCUCUGGAAUUUUAAGUAACCUCAUGCAUCAGGGUGUAAUUUCACUGGAGCCACCUAGUCAACCUCAGGACUCUAUUGGAGUUGACUUCAAUGUAGACCUGAAGGUGCGGAACGAGUCUGUCAUUAAUGCUCUUUAUCAGGAUCUCUCCAGACAAUGCAAAACUUGUGGCCUUCGUUUUAAAUGCCAAGAAGAGCACCGUGCGCACAUGGAUUGGCAUGUUACAAAAAACAGAAAUUCCAAAAAUCGCAAGCAAUCUUCACGUAAAUAUUUUGUCACCGUGAGGGAAUGGUUAAGAGCAGCAGAAACAGUAGGAAAUGAUGGAGUUCCUUCUUUCGAGCCCUCGGAGCCAGUCCCAGACAAAAAUGAAGAGAAGGAAAUGGCUGUUCCUGCAGAUGAGGACCAAACGUCUUGUGCUUUAUGUCAAGAGCAAUUUGAGGAUUUCUACAGUGACGAAACUGAAGAGUGGAUGUAUAAAGGUGCAGUUUACAUGAAUGCGCCGGAUGGUAAUAUUCUUGGUCUGGAAAGGUCACAUUUGGGGCCUAUUGUCCAUGCUAAAUGUCGAUCUGGGCCCAACAAUACCUCUUAGGAUGGCCUAGCUGGAACUCUUCAGUUUUUUCUGCUCGCGGCUUGACAUGACAUGUAAACUACUGGAGAAAUCAGAUUUUGGUAUGCUUAGUUACCCCCCUCUCCUAAUGGUAACGGUUGCAUAGUGUUACUGUGGCAAUAGUGUACAAAUGUAAAAUACUUCCUGUAUUUUAGUGUUUGAACAUGAGUAAUUUGCUCUGCAGUCACUGUUGUGCCUGCCCUUUAACAGUUGCCACCUGCUGCUUUUACAUUUCUAUGAUCUAUAUUGGAUUCUCGUGUGGGGAGAGGCGGUUCAACAGUUCAGGAUGGAGUUAUGUGUACCUUGGCCUCGCUGAACAUGCAAAACAUUUUUCUACCUUUUUUUUUGUUCCCUUCCUCUGUGCUAUCUCUUAUGCAGGAUCAAUCAGCCCGCUGUGUGUCUGGUAACUCCCGGAAAACAGAAGAACCAUGCAAGACGGCCAAGAAAUGAAGCAAUCAGUCAACAGCUUUCCUCUAUUGUUCAUAGAGGGACUAGAUGUUGCUGCCCUUAGUUUCUUCUGUGUACCUUCGUAUGGCUGUGCAUUGUAACAGUAUUGUCACAGAUAAAUUCUUGGUCGCUUGAUAUAUUUUUGCAUGCGUAUGCGUCUUUGGACUUGGGAGUUA